GAAAAUUCCGAAAACAUAUGAUGGACGUUGGGAAAACGCGUAAACAAAUCCCAUCCAGAUUGUUUUUCUUGCAUUUCCUUCGAUAAUUAAGUGAUAACAGGGAAUAUUUUCCACGAAACAAUGUCCUCUGAUGAUAAAUGCCAACUAUGCUCAAAGGAGAAGGCAAAGUAUUCCUGCCCAAGAUGCAAUAUCCUGUACUGCUCAGUGCCGUGCUAUCGCUGUGAGGCUCAUCUGCAGUGUUCUGAGAGUUUCUACAAGCAAUGCAUAGAGGAGGAACUUGCAUCAAAUUCCAGUAAUCAGGUUAGUGAGUCAGCAAAGAAGAUGCAUGAAAUUCUCAAAAGGAUGCAGGAUUUGGAGGAUCCUGGAGAAGAUAUCGAAGAGAUUAUCCCACCAUUGGAUGGCAGCAGUGGUGAGAGUGACUUAGAUUCCGAUGAUGAUACCCCAGAGUCAGAUCUCGCCGCGCGUCUCGAGGGAGUUGAUCUCAAUGAUCCGGAAGCUGUCUGGAGCAAACUCACCUCGACAGAGCGUCAGGAGUUUGAGUCAAUUGUCCAUGCGGGUGAUAUUUCCAGCCUCGUGCCAAUGUACACUCCAUGGUGGGUGGAAAACCCCGAGAAACUUGUCCAGGAAGUUCAACUUCCUGGAACUCCUGCAACUUCUUCUCAUCCUGAGAUUCUAUCAGACAUCAAACCAUUCAGAGACAUUUCCAGCAAACCCCCGGCUCCCUGUGUUCGUCAUAAUCUCACAAACAUCCUCGCCAGUUACGCAUUCUCAGUCAAAUACUUCAACGGGGAAUUCCUUGCGCAUCCUCAAGAGUUUUCUGGCUUCCUGGUCAGCAUCUGUGGGAACAUCAAGAACAAUUCCAACUACGCUUCAGACGCUCUGGCUGUGGAGUCUGUGGCUCACGAGGCGAGGAAUGAGGGGGUUCCUGUGGAUAAGGAGGACGUACUGCUGAUGAAGGAAGACGUAGAGAUGAUCCUGAAGGAUCAAGGAGCUCUGGCUGCUCUCUCAGACAUCCACAGGAUACUCUUGGCGGCCAAAAAGGCGAAAGGAGAGGAAAAGAAAUGUGCUAAAGGACCCUUCUCCAAGAGAUUUGUAGAUCCCCAAGGCAGGGAAUUCAAGGACAUUGAGAAAUCCCGCAUUGGUGUUUACAUCAAGAAAAUUGAUUUCUUUCUAGCGUACGCCAAAGAUGUUCUUUAAAAAUUAAUAAAUAAUAAAAAAAAAUUCUAAUGUCA